AAUUAUUCAUUUCAUAUUACAUAUAUCUACAUUGUUAUAAAAUAAAUAUUACAAAACAAGUAAAAUUUUUGACAUUCAAAAUAUAAAACCCCUCGACAUCGCUCAUCAUCUCGCUCCACGUUCGAGAACGACGCCCACGGGCCUACAGGCGUCGGUAUCAGAGCACCGCGACGCUGUGAGCGCCAGUUUUAACGACGAUCUCGUGAAAAAGCGGCGACGACUAUUCAGGUGUAGAUUAGAUACGAAAGUCGAUAAAUAGCGACAAAAUGGCGAGACUGGUAAAUAAACAGUUCAAUUCUCCGAUUGGUCUAUAUUCCCAACAGAACAUUCAGGACGUAUUGGAUAGGGAAUCCCAUCUGUUAGAAAAUGGUGCAGUGGGCAUCGACUUCAACAAUCCAGAUGUAGGAAAACCCAAAAACUUACAAAAUUCCGCUGUCUUGAGAAUGUUAGAGGAAGAGGAAAAUAGGCAACGAAACGGUUACGGACCAGGUAGCGACCGACUUUUAAAACCCCUCCGAGCCUGGCCCCCACCAGAAUACGAGCAAAAGAGCCAACUCAGGUCAUCAUUUAAAGAUGUCGUAAUUCCAGGCGUCAAACGAGUAGCUUGGCCACCACCACACGAAACUGGACAAAACAGUCCAUACAUAGAGCAAAACCCAGUUCAGACACAAGGUGGACCUCAAUAUCCCUCUCAGGCUGCAGGCUACCAGAAUAACUACCAACAACCAAAGCCAGCUCCCUCUAACCAAGCCUUAUACCAACAACAACGCGCGCCAUUGAAAUUAGACGUGUCUCAAGGCGGAUCUUCACCCUUGGCUUCUCCUCUAUCUAAUCAAAGCCCACAGGCUUACAGGGCCCCAACUCCAAACAAGAACUGGGCAUCUGUACAAUCUCCAGUGCAUACUCCUAAUCAACCUGCCUGGAGACAAAGCAGCCCUUCCAGAUUCCAAGCUGCGCACCAACCUGUGUCCCAACAACAGUUUCUUGGACAACAGUACUCUGGUCCUUCUCAACCAAAUUAUAGUCCUAACCAAGGCUCCCAGCAAUAUCAGCCUCCUGUAAACCAAUACCAACCCCAACAGCAAUAUCAACAACCACAAAACCAAUACCAGCAACCCCAACAGCAAUACCAAGCUCCCCAACAGCAAUACCAAGCUCCCCAACAACAAUACCAAGCUCCCCAACAACAAUACCAAGCUCCCCAACAACAAUACCAAGCUCCCCAACAACAAUACCAAGCUCCCCAACAACAAUAUCAACCUCCCCAACAACAAUAUCAGCCUCCUCAAAACCAAUAUCAACCUCAACAGAGUCAAAACCAAUUCUCUAGCGUUGCAGCUCAGGCUGUACCCUACCAAUAUCCUUCUGAACAACAAUAUCAAACUCAAUCUACUCAACAAUAUCAAUAUUCUCAACAAUAUCAAUCUUCCGAACAGAGUCACCAGUCUCAACCUCAGGGUUAUCAGUCCGUUCCACAAACUUCUCAAGUUCAUAGUGUUCCAAUACAGGUACAAAGACAAACUUCAAAACCUGUGGAACCUCCCCCAUCUACAAUCACUCUCCGUCCUCAGGCUCCAGUGAGCCAGGCUCCACCACCAGUUUACACUUCUCAACCAGCCACGGCGACCCUAAAAGUUUAUGUCAAUCCGAAAAAUUUACGAGGAGACCUAAAAUGGCCUCCAGAAGAUGUAAAGCAAAAGAUGUACGAAGAAGCUGAAAACCUUAAUACUAGUAAUAGUUUCCUUUCUAUUCAAGGUGGAAAACAUCUCCGAGGAGAUAUGAAGUGGCCUCCAGAAAACGUCAAGGUCCAAGCCGAAGAAGAGAACAGGCUACGUCUCGAAUUAGCCAAAGGACCUGUUUGUAGGCCACGUAAAGUGCAUAGGGAUUACACAGAGUUCUUUGAUCAGCAUGCUCUAAAUUCCAGUUAUCCCGGAUACAAAAUCCCUCCAGGCACUCAGUUCUAUAGAGCCGAAUAAAUGUAUUUUAGGUCUUUUGUUAUUUUCUAAUUUAAUAUGCUUACUUGUAAGUCUCAUUUGUUAUUAACACAUGGUCUGUAUAAGAUUAACUAUCUCAUUAUUCGAAGAGGAUGCAUUAUCUUUGAAUCUGCUUGUACAAAAUAUAAAAACCUACUCAAAAGAACGCUAAUUCAAAGAUAAUAAUAAUUUACAAAGAUUUUUCUUAUACAGAAGCUAUGUAAAUAAAUAUAAACCGCUACGUUUGUGAUAAUAACAACCUGAUGUACCUACUUACUUGAUUUUAAAACUAAAUUUCGCUUUUUACCAAAAUGAGACAGUAAACGAACAGAAGAAUCAUAUAGUUCUAGUGAACAUUGUAAUAGAGAAAAAGAGGUAUGGUGUCAUUUGUCAAUUGUCAUAUGUCAGUUGUCAAUUGUCACAGUGGUCAGUCGUCAAUUGUCAUAUGUCAGUUGUCAAUUGUCUAAGUUUUCUGUUCGUCUACUAGACAAAUAUAGGUACAAAAGGUACUUAAGCUGAACUGAUUUUUGAGCAAAUAACUAAAUGUAUUAUACGGAAAUGUAUUUUGCAAUUAUUGUAUAAAGAUAAUAAAAAUAUGUAAAAAAAAUUCGAUUUUAACCUGCCGCUUACCGAACCCUAAAAUUGGUCGACACGACUGCUUGCUAUUGAUUGCAACAACUAUUAUGUACAUUAUUAUAUAAUAACUAGGUUUUAAUUACUUAUAAUGUAUAAAAAAAUUAUUUGUACUGUGUACGGCAGCAAAAAUUUUAAAUAAAGGCUAAGCCUCA